AUGCAUCCCCUGAAAUGGAGGGUGAGAGGACCAAGAGAGUGUGACGGCCGUUUCCGUGCGGCCAAGGGCUGUCUGAGGGCGACGGCCGGUGGGCCCGAGGGCAUAAAUGAUAAGACCCGUAGACAGUUCACGGUGAAGGGUGCGGUGCAGUCGACAAGAAAAAGUAGAAAACCCUGUUAAUCGUGUUCGUCGACGUCCAAGAUUCCAUCUUUUCUGGCAGAUGGGCUCUCAGAAGGGUUCUUACGAUCUCAUUGGCCGGUUUGACCGAGUAUCGGAACAUGAUCAGGAGCUCGCCAGGGCAACCAGAUAUGUUGACGUGA